CGCGCUGCAGCUAGUCUGCGUGCGUGAGUGGGAGGCGGAGGAGGGCCUGCGACUCCGGCCUUCCCGGCUGCCUGCUUCCGACGCCGCAUCUCCAGCCAUGAACCGGUUCGGCGCCCGGCUGGUGGGAGCCACGGCGACCCCGCCGCCGCCGCCGAAAGCCCGCAGCAACGAGAACCUGGACAAAAUCGAUAUGUCCCUGGAUGAUAUUAUCAAACUGAAUAGAAAGGAAGGAAAGAAGCAAAAUUUUCCAAGACUAAAUAGAAGACUUCAGCAAAGUGGUUCCCGGCAGUUCAGGAUGAGAGUGCGGUGGGGGACCCAGCAGAAUUCCGGUUUUGGUAAAACUAGUGUGAGCCGUAGAGGAAGAGUAUUGCCCGGAAAGAGACGUCCUUAUGGAGUUAUCACUGGCCUUGCAGCUAGAAAGGCAACUGGAAUUCGAAAAGGAAUUAGUCCUAUGAAUCGUCCACCUCUAAGUGACAAGAAUAUAGAGCGAUAUUUUCCGGCAUUAAAAAGGAAGACAAGCCUUCUGAGACAAAAUGAAGUACAAAGGAAACCAGUUGCAGUUCUUAAGAGAGCCAACCAGUUAAACAGAAAAAAUAACAUUCCAGCUAAUUUUACCAGGAGUGGAAAUAAACUAAGUCAUCAGAAAGAUACUCGUCAGGCAACUUUUCUUUUCAGAAGAGGCCUGAAGGUUCAGACUCAGUUGAACACGGAGCAGCUGCUAGAUGAUGUGGUAGCAAAGAGAACUCGUCAGUGGCGUACUUCCACCACAAAUGGAGGAAUAUUGACUGUGUCCAUUGACAACCCUGGAGCUGUACAGUGCCCCGUAGCUCAGAAACCACGACUAACUCGUACUGCUGUACCCUCAUUCUUGACAAAAAGAGAGCAGUCUGAUGUUAAGAAGGUUCCAAAAGGCGUCCCUCUACAGUUUGACAUAAAUAGUGUAGGAAAACAGACAGGGAUGACUUUGAAUGAACGAUUUGGGAUACUGAAAGAGCAAAGAGCCAGUCUUACAUUCAACAAAGGAGGAAGCCGAUUUGUAACUGUGGGAUAGAUCCACGUCAAAGGAACUCUUAAGUGUUGACUGUUUGAAAAGUUGAAUUGCUUGAAGAGUUCAUCAGAGAAGUUCAAGAAACUUUACUUCAGAAUAUUCACAAGCCUAAAUAACUUUAUUUUUGAAGGUUUUUUUUUUAAUGUAUAAAUAAUGCCCUGAAAGAAUAACAGGGAAUAUACCUAUCUGUUCAUAAAGAUUUCAUGGUUGGCCCAAACAAAGCAAUUCUUUAUUGACUUCUUAGAUUCCUCGUGAAGCAGAAGGAAGACAGAAAGAUAGACCUUGAUUAUUUUUAUGAGUGUGCUGUGUAGGACCUCAUCACUGUCGUCAGUUUUUAGACUUUGCCGUGGUUAGACUUGAGGAAUCAGUACCCUGUGUUGCUGUCACUUACCGCUCAUGUGCUGGGGUAGUAAGUACAGUUGCCGUUGUCAUGAGUGGGGUUUUUAAACUGGGGUAGAAUUUCAGUUUUGCCUCUUAAGAUGUAUGGAAAUAUUUAGAACUUGGCUCAUUUUUCCGUUAUUGUUAGAUAUUAACCCCCAGAGUUCUAAGCAUUUAGUAUUGAACUUUUAAUAAGAAUGUGGCUCUCAGGAUUAGUCUCAGAUCACAACGUGUCAGGGCUGGGAACGCUUAUUUACAGAGUUAUCUGACAGGGCCUUGCAGGAGAUGCCUGAUAGAAACCCCAAUAGUUUGUCUAAUUUAGUAAAUGCAGAAGACACGAAAGGCAGUAGCGAUUGAAGGAUCGGAAGCAGUAAAAACAAAAACCUGGGUCAUAGUUACACUCUGGAUUCUAGUGUCAUCUUGAGUCCGCUGUCCAUAGAUUCUUCUAUACGUGAUGCUUACAAGAAUUUCACUUUUUGAAAUGAAUUGACUCUGGGUAUUUUGACAGUACACUUAUUAGACAUAAAGUCUUAUGCUUCAUAUUCAAAAGAUUUUAGGCUUGUUAAGUUCAAUAAUUUACAAUUCCCCACACAAAAGUCUACUUGUAUAUGUCACAAAGAGAGAAAAAAAAGAAAAAUUAUACUGAAGUUAUACUUGACUGUACAUGUUCACUGUAUCUUGUAUCACUCAAAGUUCAGGCAUUCUAGAGAGAAAGAGUUUUUCUCUUACUCUGGAGAUCUGUUGUGCCAAGAUAGUACAGAGAAUCCUCACGUAGUUGUACAUCAUAAACUACAGUAAAAUGCCAAAAUGCAGCAACAUAUUCCAACUACGGGUUAUCGAGUAGUCAUUUUGAAGCUUAACCUUUUGUUUGCUAUGAUUUCAAAUCUUUGAGUGAAUAUUUAAGUAUCUCUGCUGUUCAUUUUUCCUGUAAAACUUAGACAAAGUACUCUGCUUUCUGCCCGUCUUCAUUGCAUCCUAGACUUCGUUGUCUUUGAUGCUCCUUGAGUUUCUUACUGGCUUAUGCUAGUCAUGGGAAAAUCAGCAACAAUUGUGUGCGUAUACCAAAGAUCUAAAUCUGAUCCUCAGUGUCGGUUAUUGCCAGUACUUCUACUUGAUAAGGGAAUUUUGGAAGCCAAUCACAGAAUUUGAAAAUAAACUCUAGUUUCUCCUUAGCUGUGAUGUUUUUCAUUGAGGCCAAGGACUCAUUAUAAAACAUUUUGCCAAUAUGAAUAUUUAUAUUUGGUUCAGGAACAAAACAUUUUAGAGUGGUUUGCUGGUAGCUUAUUUUAAAGCAAAGGAAAAACAACUGAGCGUGAACACUAUCUUUGGAACAAUUUGUGAAAAUACAGUAUAAAAGUCUUUGUUUCCUGUUGUUUUAAAUAUUCUUAUACAGAGGUUUUUAGUAAUUCCGUUUUUGGAAAAUCUUAAAAAUUGCCCAAAUGUUGACACUAAGUACAUUGGAAAACAGUAUCUUUGGUAUAGUAAAUGUUUGCUCUUCAUUCAUCUGUUUUUUCUUUCAAAGUAAAUUUUGCCUUUGAUACAACUAAGUUAAAACUCGUGUGUGCUAACAUAUUGUAUAUAAACAAAACAAUAUGCUUUGUUGGAGGAAAAUUUCCUUUCUUGGAAUGUGGUUGUAGUCAUCCUUGUUCAGUUUUUGAAGCCUUUUUUUUUUUUUAAUUUAAACAGGGUGCAACUUAAAAUUUCCUUUGCAUCAAGGUGUAUGCAAAACAUUGAUGCAGUGCAUCACAAAAUGAAAGUUUGUAUUUAAUGAGGAGGUGCUUUACACUGUACUUUUUGGUGUUUUUUGGAAAAGUUACAUUAGAUUUAUUCUGAAGCUGUUCAUUUUUGACAAAUAAAAUGUAACAGGUUUCACAUGAGUUAUUCUGAGCUAUAAA